AUGCAAACCGAAGGCCAAAACCAGCAUGCGGUCCCAUUCAGGCACUCGCUGAAUCAAGUCGAGCAAAUGGCUUUUGACAGGUUGCCGGUAGCUAUGCAGAACAUGCAGCUGUUCGCAAUGAUACCAACGGACGAUAUGCACCGGGCAACCCAGCACGAGGCGCUGAUGACAAUGGCCCUGGGAGCGCCACCACCUAAUGGCGCCCAGCGAGUCCACACCGGCGUUGGCAGCAAGCUGAAAGACGUGCCGAAGCCUGAAAUGUAUCGCGGCUCCCAACAAGGGAAUGCAGCCCGUCACUGGCUGCGGGACUGCGAGCGAUACUUCGAGACGAGAGCUGAACUUGCUGGCGAGGAGGAGGAAGAAGGAUACAAGGUGAUCAUUGGCCGCACCCACCUAGCGGAGACCGCCCUGAUCGCCUGGCGAGGCUUGGAAGUGGCCGUAGAGAGCGGCCACAUGCAGCGAAUCACUACAUGGGAUGGUUUCAGAGCCUGGAUCCUCGAGAAUUUCGAGGCCAAGACGGCGGAAGCAGAUCGCUACCGCGCAUACAUCACCCGCUUGCAGAAGUCCGAUAACUUCUCGGAAUACUUCCGCAAGCUGCAGGAAGCCUCGCUGAACCUACAGCGACCUGCUGAUUCCUACAGCUUUAUCCUUCAAUUGGUGUCGGGGUUGAACCAUGAGCUUAGGGCUGAAUGGUAUAAACUCCAGGACCCGCCGACAGAGGUUACAGAAGUGCAUAACCGUCUGCUCGAGCUGGAAAGAGGCUGCAAGGAAGCAGCCAACACGAGAGGCAACCGUUUCUUUAACCGGGGGCGUGGUCAGCAAGCAAGCCAGCCCCGAAACGACGAUGCCAUGGACCUAUCCGCGAUGGAUAGUAGCACCCGAUCCUUCACAUGCUAUAAUUGUAACAAACCCGGCCACCUGAAGCGUGACUGCCGGUUGUUGAAGAAGGAGGGAAAAGCGGAGGGUCAGUAA